UUCUCGCCUGCUCCCAGAAGGGCUCCCAGAAAGGGCCUCUCUUCUCCACCCAGGCCUGGAGGUGGCUUCCUCAGGGGUCAGGAUGCAAAGGUGGGGGUUGUGGGCCGUGGCCUCCCUGACCCUCCUCUCUGCACAGGCUUUUCCGCAGACGGACAUCAAUAUCAGCCCAGCCAUGCCCGAGCUGCCCCCGGCUUCCCUGUGCCCACUAUUCUGGAUGGAGUUCAAAGGCCACUGCUACAGAUUUUUCCCUCUCAAUAAGACUUGGGCCGAGGCUGACUUCUACUGCUCUGAGUUCUCCAUUGGCAGGAAGUCUGCCAAACUGGCCUCCAUCCACAGCUGGGAAGAGAAUGUCUUUGUGUAUGACCUUGUGAACAGCUGUGUGCCUGGGAUCCCAGCUGACGUCUGGACGGGGCUUCAUGAUCACAGACAGGAAGGGCGGUUUGAAUGGACCGACGGCUCCUCCUACGACUACAGCUACUGGGACGGGAGCCAGCCGGAUGACGGCGUCCACGAGGACCCGGAAGAGGACUGCGUGCAGAUAUGGUACCGGCCCACCAGCGCUCUGAGGUCAUGGAAUGAUAACACCUGCAGCCUCAAGUUCCCCUUUGUCUGCAAGAUUGCUUCUCUGACCAUUCACUGAUCCUGUCUUGUCCCUCAAAGUGAGCCCAACUCCAGCACAUCAUGUACCUAUACCUAGUGUGGAUCUGACACUAAAUAAAUGUAAGCCCCAGAAGA